AUGCAACCCCUGGCCAAUAGGGGAGACCCUGGGAUGGAGGUCGCCCGAAAGGGAAGAGGGUGGCCCCGAGCGGGCCUGGCGAUCGGGCGCCACUCUGUGGCGAUGGCGGAACAGCGGUCGCCAAGCUGGGACCGGAUCCGUUCUAAUGAGGAUAAAAUUAAGAAGAUCUACUACAGCAUCACUGGUCCAGGAGCUGAUGAGCCUCCUGUUGGCCUUUUCACCAUGGACAGAGACUCUGGCUUGUUUUGUUGUGCCCAGAUCCGUUCUAAUGAGGAUAAAAUUAAGAAGAUCUACUACAGCAUCACUGGUCCAGGAGCUGAUGAGCCUCCUGUUGGCCUUUUCACCAUGGACAGAGACUCUGGUAAUCUGUAUCUCACACAACCACUUGACAGAGAGGAGAAAGACAAGUAUACGUUUCAAGCACACGCUGUAUCAGAUGGGUCAGGAAAGGCUGAGGAGCCUAUGGAAAUUGUGGUGAAAGUAAUUGACCAGAACGACAACAAACCUGUUUUCAGUCAAGACACCUACCUGGGAGAAGUUGCUGAGGCCUCACCAAAAGGUUUUGAAGUGAUGAAGGUUGAGGCCACAGACAGUGACCAGCUGGAUACUGACAACUCAGAUAUCCGCUACAGUAUUUUGAGCCAGGAUCCACAGUUGCCCAAUGACUUCCUGUUUGUCAUCAACUCAGUCAAUGGAGCAAUCAGAGUCAAUGACGGUCGGCUAGACAGAGAGAAAUACCCAAAAUACACUUUGGUGGUACAAGCAGCUGACAUGAUGGGAGAAGGGUUAACGGGAACAGCAAAAGUCAUUCUUACGGUCACAGAUAGCAACGACAAUGCUCCAGCCUUCACUCAGCCCGCCUAUGAAGCAACAGUUCCAGAAAAUAAAGUGGACGCUCAGGUCAUUACAGUGUCAGUAACAGAUGGUGACCAGCCACAUUCCCCAGCCUGGAACGCCAAGUUCACGAUUGUCGAUGGUGAUCCUGGAGGACUUUUCACUGUGAAAACAGGAAGUAACAAACAUGAAGGAAUCAUUUCUACUGCUAAGGGUCUUGACUUUGAGAGGAGCACCAAGCACACUCUGCUGGUUGCAGUGGAGAAUGAGGUUCCUUUUGCUACUCCACUGCCUACUGCCACCGCCACAGUGGUGGUGAAUGUGCAGGACGUCAAUGAGGCGCCGGUGUUUGAUCCAGUGCAGAAGCAUGUGUCCAAACGGGAGGACCUUGCCAUCAACAGUGAUGUAGUGCGAUACACCGCUUCUGACCCAGACACUGCACGCAAACAGACAGUCGGGUAAGGUCAAACUUUGUUGUACC